AUGCCUUUCCCAUUUAAUAUCAUUGAACAUGUCAUUGCCGGCCAGCAUAUCCGAGAAUACCCCCAGAGCAUCAAAGGGAGCCAGGAAACGCCAUUACAGCUCGUCAUCAAACAGUAUGUUCCAGUCGACCAGUCCGACCCAGUCCCCGACAAUGCAGUUACGUUGAUCGGGGUGCCUGGAAACGGGUCUUCAAAGGAACUCUACGAGCCACUCUGGGAAGAUGUAUACACCCAGUUGAAGAAGCAAGGUGUGCCAUUGCGUGCCAUCUGGGUUGCAGAUCCCUCGAACCAGGGUGCAAGUGGAGUCUUGAACGAAGACGUUCAAGGGGAUCAAACCAACUGGUACGACCAUUCCCGCGACCUUUUGCACAUGGUCAAUCAUUUCAGGGAUCAAAUACCUCGUCCCAUCGUCGGCGUGGGACAUAGUAGAGGUUGUGCCCAACUCGUAAACCUUUCAAUCAUACAUCCUCGGUUAUUGUCAACUUUGAUCCUCUUCGACCCGGUCAUCUUAGACGUGGCUUUUAGCGGACCCAAUCCCGCCAUAAUGCCCAGUCAACGCAAAGAUCUCUGGGAAUCGCCCGAAAGAGCGGCGGAGGCUCUCAAAAAAGGCCUUCGUAACUGGGAUCCUCGUGUUCAGGAGCGAUUCCUACGCUAUUCACUCCGUCUAGUGCCCACGCGCCUUUACGACCCCAGCAAGGACCCUAGUAUCCCUCGGACAGCAGUCACGUUGACCACAUCAAAACAUCAGGAAGCCUGGAACUACAAUAUUCCCAACCUCGGGCCGGAGUCUCUCGAUAGACUUUUAUUGGCAGAUUGGGAUCCGGAGAAGGAGCGUCCGUACCUCUUUUCUCGCCCGGAGUGUUGGUCUGCAAUGCGGAAUUUGCCGUUUCUUCGCCCGAGUGUGCUUUGGGUAUUUGGCGGUAAGAGUUAUCUGUCCCUGCCGGAAGCACAGGAUGCCAAAAUGCGAGUGACGGGAACUGGUAUUGGGGGCAGCGGGGGAGUGGCAAAGGGGAUGGUUGAGAAGGCCGUUCUGGCAGAGGGUAGUCAUACGUUGGUGUUUGAGGAGCUGGACUGGUGUGCUUCGGUGACUGCUGACUGGAUACAGAGCUGGUUUCGACGGUGGCUGGGUGAUGAGGAGUUUUGGCGAGGAUAUCAAAGUCCAAAUUCGGAUUCUGAGAUGCUGAGACUGUCUGAUGAAGCCUUUCAGGUCGCGCAGAUGAGUGUGGGGACGAAAAGGACUGAAAAAGCGACACUAAAGGGGAAGCUAUGA